GUUGGUGAAUAUUUGGUAAUAUUUUAUCUAAAUAGUCGACAGAAUAUUGUACAUUUUCUAAAAAUAUCACCGACAUGUCGUCGAAACAACGUAUUCAGACCUAUCUAAAGCAAAAUAAAAUAAGUGAAUUGUUUGAGGAAAUGAUGGGAAAAUUAAUUCAUGAUUUGCCUUCCAAACCAGUUGACUAUCUAAUUCAGUUGCUACAAAAUCGCAAUGCUAAAAAGAAAGUAGAAGUCCAACAAACUUAUUCAAAAACUUUCCCGAAACCAACUUCUUCUAAUGCUGCUAAUUUAUGGAAUGAUGACAAACGCAGAUCUCCGGCAAAGUCUCCCACCAAACAAUCUGUUACUGAGUUAGACGGGAAAGAACAAACUGGUCGACAAUAUUCCAAACCUUGGCUGAGCAACACAAAGAAGGAUCCAAAACAAAGUUUGUCUCAAACUCUGCCCUCUCCUACAAAAUCUGCUGGCGACAACAAACUCCAUUCUACAUCCAUGGAUUUAAAUGAGAUGAGAAAAUCUAAAUCAAAAUCAAAACUGGAAGCAGAGGAUGAGGAUGUAGAUUUGCGACUCACGUAUGCUAAACCAAAGAUUUACGGCAAAGUUCGUGAUGAGUCGGAUUCACAAUUUGAAGAAAUACAAUGUCAAGACAAAGAGAACAAAAAAGUUUCUUCCAAGCCUAAGCAAGAGAUUGUGUCAAAGCAGAAACGACGACAAGAAUUAUCAAAGAUUCUGGCUGCUCAGAACAAAGAGAAGAAAAUAUUAAAUGAUGAUAAAGAAGACACCGAUGAUGAUGAUGCUGUAGAGUUAUGUGAGGAUUACGGUGAUUUACAUGAUGAAGGGGUCAAGAAUCCCCCAAAGUCAGGUGUUCAUAUUUCCAAAACUUCUAAACGGCAGAAAGAGGAAAUUGAGCUUGUGCUCAACAUGUCAAGGUUUUUUGACAGCCUUGGUGGGGCAGUUAGUGUUACACACAUGGACGGUAUCACCCCUGUGCCCAAUGUUCAGGAAGAUGACGACUUUGAAAGUGCAUCUCAAGUUACUGGACCACGCAGGCCAGUAUGGGAAACCCCCCAAUCUGAUAUAGAUACAAUUGUAAGCAAACAAAAUCGAAGAACGAACGCUGCAAUGUUUGAUUUGUCUUCCAAAGUUUCUAAAUCGAAAAGUCGAGUGAGUCAAUCUGGUAGUGCGAAAGUGGGAUCAAUAAAAGAAGGUUCCACUAUUGUAAGGAAAAGCAAAAGUGGAAGUUUAGUUGAAGACAAACUUUCAAAUCAUCCUAAACCUACAAAGAGCAGCAAAGAACCAAGUGUGGUAUCAGCUGGUAGAAGGUCUUUAGUUGGUGAACGGAGCAGAAAAUCAAGUCAAGCUUCUGUGGACAGACCCAAGACUGCUCAGUAAUUUGUAUCAAAAUGCUUCCAUUAUUAAGUAGCUGUUUCAGUAUUUUAUAUUUUAAUCACAAGUUUCACACCACAGUAUGUUCCUAGUAUUGUAUAUGCCUUCUUUUAUAUGCAGUGACUUUUUGUAUAUAUGCCUUUUCUACCUUAUCAAUUAAAACAUAGUUUUAGUUAAA